CGGGUCGAACAUUAGACGACGUAUUAUUAGCAAACUCAGCAAGUUCUUCAGAUCAACUAUUAAUGUUUCCCCCUAAUUUUCCCCUUGUUUCUUCUCUCCUUGCAAUUUCUCUUGCUCAGUUUCUCAAGAUCUUCACCUCUUGAGAUGGGCAUUGAGGGACCACUCUUGUCUAGUGUUCGCCAAGCUAGGCAGUGUGCUUCUUUGAGUCUGCCAUGAACUGGAUCAGUUGGUGAGAUUAGGUUUUGUGCACCUGAGUGGAAAAAAAUGGCUGAUACAAUAUCUAAUAAGAUGGCCGGGAGCACGGCACUACCCUUUUUUCCGAAAUGCAGGUUCAAAGAAAAGAGAUGGGACUCUAAAAGGAUGCUCAGUUCUGGUGGCAUGCCGUCAUCACAUUCAGCAGGUGUGACAGCUCUUGCCAUGGCAAUUGGCUUGCAAGAAGGAACAGGUGGAUCAGCAUUUGCUCUAGCUGUGGUUUUGGCAUGCGUUGUGAUGUAUGAUGCCUCCGGUGUAAGACUUCAUGCUGGUCAACAAGCUCAAUUAUUAAAUCAAAUUGUUUGUGAGCUACCUCCCGAACAUCCUGUUUCUAAUUGUAAACCUCUUCGGGACUCUUUAGGUCAUACGCCUCUCCAGGUUCUAGCAGGGGCUAUUUUGGGGCUUGUUGUUGCUUACCUUGUGAAAUUCUACCGAUAGGCAACCUUAAAAUUAUCAGAAACUUUGAAACCUGUGGAAGUUGAAAGAGUUCUUUGCGCAGCAUGGCCAGUUUUCAUGAUUCGAUGAUGGAUGAGGAAGCUCAAGCAGCUAGACGUUCGUCAGUCUCCUAUUGAUAACUGAACUACAAAACAGUCAAGAUUUGUUACAACACAUAUAUAUAUACAUGGUAGCACCCUAUUAAAGUUUGUUAGUUACACCAUUAUUUUGGAUUGCCAAGUUUAGGCCAAAGUUAACCAUUGUAUCUAUUGUUUCUGUUUGGAUUUUUAUUUUUAAAAUAGUUGUAGAUAAGAAUAUUGAAGUGCUUAUUUAGAAGCAUGAAUUCUUUAAUUUUCAAUGUCAAAUAGAGCUGAAUUGUAUGUGUACGUGCAUUAUGAGUGUAUUAGAAAUUGGUUCACUCGUGGUUUGAAAUCUUA